AUGCCAAAACCAAGUCAAGGUUAUGGAGGAAAAUUUGGCGUGGAGACUGACAGAAUUGAUAAGUGUGCCGCCGGUUUCGAUUACAAAGGAAAAGUUGAACCGCAUCCAUCACAGAAGGAUUAUUCACGUGGAUUUGGAGGGACAUUUGGUGUUGAAGCAGACCGAGUUGAUAAAUCUGCUCUUGGUUGGGAUAGUCGCGAGCAGUUGCAACAACAUGAAAGCCAGAAAGACUACAAAAAGGGGUUUGGUGGACAAUUUGGUGUUCAAUCUGAUCGAAAAGACAAGUCAGCUGCCGGUUGGGAAGAUCAUGAGCAAUUACAGAAGCAUGAAAGUCAAAAAGACUACAAAAAGGGAUUUGGUGGCCAAUUUGGAGUUCAACAAGAUCGUCAGGAUAAAUCUGCCUUGGGUUGGGAACAUCGUGAACAAACCGCAAAACACGUGAGCCAAACAGAUUAUAAAACAGGAUUUGGAGGAAAAUUUGGAGUACAAACUGACAGAAAAGAUGCCUCAGCUGCUGGUUGGGAAGAGCACGGCCAGUUAUCUAAACAUGAAAGUCAAACAGACUACAAAAAGGGUUUUGGUGGCCAAUUUGGAGUUCAAACCGAUCGAAAAGAUAAAUCAGCGGCUGGAUGGGAAGAACAUGAAAAGGUGCCUAAACAUGAAAGUCAAACAGUUCCACGGCUUGGCAAUUUACGCUCAAAAUUUGAAAAUCUAGCCUUACAAAAUAAAAAUCAGAGCGCGGAUAAGGUACGCGAGGAGCGAGAAAAACGUAAGCGAGAGGAUGAGGAAUUGCGUAAAAAACAAGCUGAAGAUGAACAAAAACGUCAAGAGAAAUUGGAGAAGCAAUGGGCCGACACAGAAGGAAAAGAGCAAGUAAUUGAAGAAUCACCUAAACAAACAGUGCAGCAACAUAAUAAAAUGCAUACUUCAAUUUGUGUUCGACUUCCUUAUGGUCAAGUAGACACUACAACACCUUUAAAAGAUGAGCCUACUGAACAACCACCAACUGAACAACCACUACCUGAACAUCAGCCUGUUUUGCCUACUGCAAUUCAUGGGGCAUCUGCUACAGCCCACGCAUUGCUUUCUGAAUCACAUAAAAGAAAAUCUACAAAUAUGGAUAAUGAACAAGAGAAAGAACACCAGAAUGUGGUUCAAGAAAAUCUGCCUAAAGUGGAUACAACACCUGUUGAACAUUCUCCACCUGUUAAUCAUCAAUAUGAAUUGCCGCCAAAUUUAGAAGAAAAUGAACCAAUUCAGGAAACAAAUAAUACACCUCAACAAUAUUUGGAACAAAAUCCUCCAACAGAUCCAACUCCAACUAGAGGAUUAACUGCUAGAGCUAUUUAUGAAUAUGAUAAACAAGAUGAUGAUGAAAUUGGUUUUGAUAUAAACGAUUUAAUUACGGACAUUGAACAAAUUGAUGUUGGUUGGUGGCGAGGAUGGUGUAAAGGACAGCAUGGAUUAUUUCCAGCUAAUUAUGUUGAAUUAGUCAAUCGUUGA